AUGGCAGCAACUACAGACUUGUCUAUUUUGGACUGUGAGAUGUCCAUUAAGACAGUACGCCUCGAAAAAGAAUAUGAGAAGGCACUUUCGGAUUCUACGCAUCUCCUAGAUAUGGAGAAAGAUCGUUUCAGACGUAUGGAAAACCUUCUGCUUCAGUUUGAGAGCGACAAUCUACGCUCCCAGUUAGACCAAGCCAAUCAGCAGCUACGCGGGUCUGCACACGCGACGGAGAUUGAUAAGCUACUGGCACAGAUUGCACAACUACAGAGCGAUCUUGUAAGACACACGCGAGUGAAUCAACAAUACGCACAAGAAAUGCGGCAGCAGAAAACAGAGUUUGAAAGUCAACGGACAGUCUUUGAAACCAAGAUCGAAACACUUCGAAAGCAGCUCCAGUCUGUAAAGGACAAACUUCAAGAAGCUCAACACAAUUUGCAACAGAAGCGAAGCACCACUAAGAAUCACGAUGGUGCUAGUACUGAGCCCCAGUCUCGAACAAUUCCUUUACAACGCCCUGGGCUCAGCUCAGAUCAUCAUAGUGGGCUAACAAUCGCAACACCUGGAGCUAUUAAAGUGCAAGAAAAGAUCAAAAGACAGUCAGCAUUGCCCGGCGAUAAAUCAGCAUUUUCUAUAACACCGUUUUUGAACCGCACUGGUGGUUCGCUAGAUUCUCUAGAUAGCCCGGAGCUGUCAGAUCUAGAUGAGAAAGAAGUCAACCAGGCGAUGGCAGAUAGUGGUUCACCACUUCAGCCUAAAAUCUCCUCUCACCUUGUUGCUCUUAGCUCAUCGCCUACGGAUCAACCGCGUGUGGCAUGGGGACCUGGGCCUGUUAAAGGAAAAAAGGCAAAACCUAAGCCGCGAGAAGGAAAUUCCGCCUCAACAGAGGUCGCAGAUAAGCCAAAGAAAGUCAUAAAAAAGUCUACUGGGAAGGUACCUCUCAAGGAUGCAGAUGAGCUGCAAAUUCAAGCGCCAGAGCAAGAGCAAGCAAAGCCCAAGAAGCGUAAGCUUGGAGCCCAAAGGGAUCACGCUCUCUUCGAAGAUGAUGAAGAAGAUUUUUUGGAGAGCAGAAAACCAGCUCGCAAAGUUGGGCUUGGAGCCGGACGCUCCUCUGGGCUCCCAACUGCUCCGAUACUUAGUACAUCGGCUGGUGACAGGAAUCCUAGAACACUAGGAUUUGGUGGAUUCUCACCUCUGAAGCGAGAUCGUAAGCGAUGA